ACUUUGAUCCAGAAGACACGGCUGGGAGGAAAUUACCUCACAAGUGCAUGUGUAACAGAUUUCCUGAGAGUAAGGUUUUGCUUUUGGGGAUCAAUGGAGUAGAGGUUUCACAGAUGGAAACUCUGUGCUCUAGCAGUGCCUGCUACACAGUACAUCUCGAGAGGGUUGAUUUUGAAAGGGCUUUGCAGAAUUGCAAAGCUAACGGAGGUAAUUUGGCAACGGUAAAGAACAGUGAAGAGGCUUCAGAGCUGCAGUCACUCCUGUCUAGAAUCAGUGCUGAACAACCAACUGGCGAACUUCAAUUCUGGAUCGGGCUUCAUCUCAGAAAGGGAGACUGUAUUCAUGCCCUUAAACCCUUGAAAGGUUUUACUUGGUUAUCUGUAGAUGAAGUCGCACAGUAUUCUAACUGGAAGGAAGAACCAAUGAUCACAUGCACAGCACAGAGGUGUGUGUCUCUACAAUAUAACCCAUACUCUGUAAACAUUGACAACUUCAAGUGGUCUGAUAGAACAUGCACAAAGGAUGCAGAUGGGUAUCUUUGCAAGUUUAAUUUCAAAGGAAUGUGCAAAACUAUACAUCUUGCGGGACCUGGGGAGGUUCUCUACACAACCCCCUUUGUCACCAGACCCUUAAAUUCCAAUAAUGCAUUUUUAGCCCUGGUUCCCCAUGGCACUUCUGCAAGUGUGGACUGUAAAUAUGAAAAUGAUUUGUACGGUAUCUGCAACAAAAACAAGGACGGGUCAUUUGGCUGGACGAUGUCUGGCCCAUUUUGCGACUCUCACAAAUUGGGCUGCAGCUUCAGAAACGGUGGAUGCGAUCACGUCUGCGUUGACGAAGGUGCUGGAAGGCAUCGCUGUGAAUGCAAUGAUGGGUACCAGCUCGAGGAAGAUGAACUGUCCUGUAUAAUCAGGGAUUACUGCCAACCUUUACUGUGCGAAUACCAGUGUAUUGCACAUUUUAAAGGAUUUGAAUGCAAAUGUCCUUCUGGGUUUGAACUCACUGACAACCAAAAGAACUGCACUGACAUUGACGAAUGUUUAAACAAACCCUGUGAUCAGCUGUGUGUUAACACAGCUGGGAGUUUCAUCUGCCAGUGCACACAAGGAUAUGAAUUAGUAAACGGGAGGUGUCAUGAUGUAGAUGAGUGCAUUCAGUCUGCUUGCUCUCAGGGCUGCCUAAACUCACCUGGUUCAUUCGCCUGCUACUGUACUGAGGGAUACAUCUUGGCAGAGAAUGGACAAUUCUGUGUUGAUAUUGAUGAGUGUCAAGGUCAUAUUAACCCUUGUGAAGAGAUUUGCACAAACACUCCUGGUAGCUUUAAGUGUUCCUGCAAGGAAAAAUUCAUAAUGGCAUCAGAUGAAGUCUCCUGCAUUCCAGAACAGAAUCUGGACACGACAAUAGCAGCUGAAGGAACGAAUAGACCUGUGAACAUACCUAAUAAUAAGGAUAAUCUCACAAAGGUGACUCUAGCGCCAGCAUUUACUUCUGAUGGUAUUUCAAGCUCAGAAAGAAACAAAAUUCAACUAACACGUACAACAGAUCAACAUUGGCACAUCCCCACAACCGCAACAGUUAAAAACUAUCCUCCUAAUGAAGACCACCAUGACUUAUCCAGUGAGUCUGGGAAUCAAGGGCAUCUGUUUAAUGGUGCUGACAAAUCAUUGGUGCUGGCUUCUGUUCUGGGGUUCGUUGCUAUCUUAUUACUUUUAAUUGCUGCCGUCACCUCCUUGGUACUAUGCCGUCGCAAAGUACUUAGAAAAAAUGCAAAUAAGCGAAAAACUGCCAUGAACAACUACUGCUGGAUGCCAUCUGGAAAUAAAACAAAAGUCAAACGGACUAAGGACUGCAUUAAUGUCGAACUUCACAACACCAAAGAAAAUGUAUAAUAGUUUAGGUACUAAGAGAGUAGUUUUAAAAGAAGCCUAUAUACUGUAGCCUACCGGUAAUUAUUAUUACAUUGGAUUGGCAAAAUGCCCACAAAGCAUAUGCAAUAGCCUACUGCUAAAUUGUACUGCAGUAACAUGUUAAAGCCUUUGUUCAUUCAAAAUAUAGUACUGCACUGCAAAAAAAAAAAAAAACUUGUGUUACAGUCAAAGCAAAAAAAUUAAAAAUAACAAUGUAGACUUGUCGACUAUUUUAUUUAUCUUUUGUUGAGAAAACAUCUUUUCAAUUUAAGUCUUCUUAAUUAGACAUUGAAUCCCCUAAUUUGUUGCGGUAACCGUGUAAUAUUUAUUUUUAAAGGGUAUUGUCAAAGGGUUGUGUGAUCUGUUUUAAAGAAUUGAAAAGUGUGUUAAAGCAGAUUCCUUUUGAAAACCAAAGCCUAAUUGUAGUGCUUUGGUGAUCUAUUACUUUGUCAAUUUGAAAGCUGUAAUUUAUUUCUGAUACACUGGCUUUUGUAGCUGAAAUACUAAACCAAUUUGUGCAAAUCAGGAUCUAUGAAGCCAGACCUAUACAUGACAUUUGUAAAUGCUGAAAUAAUUGUGGUUACAUCAAACUUCUUCUUAUUUCCUGAUUCUUAUUGGUAUGAACAUGUUCUUAUUGGUAUGCCUAUUUUUCUUAUUUCAAUGUUUUAAUUAUAAAAUAUAAGACAUUAUCCUGCCUUUGUGGGUUUGGUUAAAAAUAGCUCCCAUGUGCAAUUACUGAACUUGGUAAACAGGACACUGGCGUUGAAAGCUAUAGUGGACCUUAACAAUCAAUUUACAAACGACGGUAAUGAAGACAAAAGAGCCAUGUGUUACUGCAUAUGCCUACUCUAAGUAAGAGGAAAUGUGUACUGUGUACCUUGGACAAAAUGUACAUUGGCAUACUGUAUAGAAUGAUAUGGUUCCUUGAGGAUUUCUCUCAAGAAAUGUACAUUAUAUAACAAAAUUAACCGAGCACCUCAAUUUAUAGUGUAGAACCCCUUUAUUGGUCCAAUAACGUUGUUGGUUACAUUAACAGCAUUUAAAGAGCCAUUUGGUACAAGUAUGCAAUAUAACAAUUAUUGUAAGUAAUAUAUUCUUGUUGAGUCACUUCAAAUAUAAUUUGCUGUUUCAAUCAUCACAUCCUGGUGACUUUUUAAAACUCUGUGGCCUCAAACAUGUCUUAUCUCCAAAUUCAGCUGGUUUUGUCAUUAACUCGUCCCUGCAAAACUCUGCCCCAAGUGUAAGUAAGAAAUACAUGAGUAAGAAAAACCACGUAGAACAAAUGGUGUUUAUUACAUCCGCUGGAGGUGCUGGUAGUGUUGCAUUGCUAUAGAUUACUGGUUUUGUUAUACUCUGGUAUUCCAUCUGAACUUAGAGAGAAGACAUGACCAUUUCUUAGCACAUUGAUAAAAAGAUCUAGUAAUAAAAGAUAUGCCUCAAAAAGUAUGAAAAUGAUUUUAAGAGGUAUUCUAACUAAGCCUAAUCUUACUUCUUAUUACCCCUGCUGGAUACAUAUGCAAUGGGG